AUUUCUUGUUUAUUUUUAUUUAUUUAACUACUUAUUUGAUAUCUUUUUACCGCCUGAGUCUUCAUCCUCUUUUUCCACACCCCCUCUGUGACCAGCUCCUGCUUCUUCUUCUACCUCCUCCACCACCUUCUUCUUCUUCUGCUUCUUCUUGUUGUUGUAGUGGUGUCAGCUGCCUUGUUACUUCUAACACGCUGCUUUUGACGCGACGUCGCUGCCGCCGUUGGUUGGUGCCAUUUCCCAUUACACACAGAUACAUACCAACACGUACGAGACACACACACACACACACACAUACAGUUACUCUCACACUCUGCACUACACUCACACACACACACACCUAUACAGGCGUCAACUCAACACUUUUGGUUCGAGUUUUUGGUUUUCUUAUUGGAACCCCGCAGCUCACUCAUUCUCUCCCGCAUUCGUCCUCUCUCUCUCUUUCUCUCUCUCUCCCCAUGUUGCGCCCCUUCUCGCUCACACUUACUAGCACACGCCCUCUGUUAAAGAAACUCAACACUCUUGCUUUCUCGCUUCCACCAAAUGCAACCCCAUAUACGGCCAUCUCUUUUGCACGCCACUCAUGGGUCAGCAAAGUGGAAGCGAGAGAGCGCGAGCGGCUAGCAGAGCGGCAACAGCGCUGCCGACGUCCGUUUCGGCGUGUGUGUAUUUCCAGUUUCCAGUUUGAAUGCGACCGGCGUGUAGUUCGUGUCGUCAUCGCCGCUCUGUCGCUUUUCUCGCCUGUCGUUUGUCGUUUGUCGCUUUUGUCGUUUGCCGUUUGCCGUUUUGCCGUUUGUCGCCCCCCGUCGUCGUUUCUCGUCGUUUGUUGUUUCUCCCACCGUUCGUUGUUCGUUGAUCGUCGUGUCGCCAGCUCCCAAUUCAUCCUAUACUCUUCAUUCAUCAUCAUCCUACAAUAUAUAUAACGGCAAAUCCAUUUUGUGCACUUUUUUUUUGCGUUCUCCCUUUUUGCAAUAAAACACAAGAAUUUUUUUGAAACGACAACAAGAAAUCAAAUUGAAAGUGUGCCAGUGUGAGUGUCCCCAAACAAAGAAAAAGAAAGAAAGAAAAAUAAUUAAAAAAGAAAAAAAAAAACAAGUACCUGUAGAACAAAAACAAAAACAACAAAGAAAAAUUCAAAAACAAAACAAAAAAAAUACUUAAAAGAAAAAACCUAAGAGAGAGAUCCCGUAAUAGAGAUCGCCGUGGGAAAUCCUUUCUGCAUGACGCACUUGGUUGUUUGAAACGGUUAUGUGAUGAGAUACGACGUCCAGGAGCUGCUACUUCAUCAGUCUGCUGAGGAUCCAUUCGCCAGGUUCGCCAAUGGGAUGGCAUAUCAUCCAUUUCUGCAGCUAACGCAACGACCCACUGACUUCAGCGUCUCCUCGCUGUUGACGGCGGGUAGCAACAACAGCAACAGCAACAGCAACAACAACAACAGCGGUAACAACAAUUCUAACAACACCAGCAACAACUCCAACUCCAACAACAACAACAACAACUCCAAUUCCAAUAACACCAACAAUCUAGUGGCCGUCUCACCAACGGGUGGUGGUGCGCAGUUAUCGCCGCAGAGCAACCACAGCAGCAGCAACACCACCACCACCAGCAACACCAACAACUCCAGUUCGAACAACAACAACAACAAUAAUAAUAAUAACAACAACAACAACAACACCAGUAAUAACAAUAAUAACAACAAUCAUACAAACAAUAAUAAUAAUACAAAGCAAGGACACCACUUGAGCACCACCGAAGAAACGCCAUCGCCUGCUGGCACACCACCGCCCACAAUUGUUGGUUUACCGCCAAUACCACCGCCCAACAGUAACUCAUCAGCAUCAGCUGUUGCCCAUCCGUCGCACCACCCAACCGCCGCACAUCAUUCACCAAGUACGGGUGCCGCUGCACCACCAGCUGGCGCAACGGGUUUGCCGCCACCCACACCGCCACACCACCUGCAACAACAACAGCAGCAACAACAGCAUCCAGCACCACCACCACCUCCAUAUUUUCCUGCUGCGGCACUGGCCGCUCUAGCUGGUAGUCCGGCCGGACCACAUCCGGGUCUAUAUCCCGGCGGUGGUUUACGCUUCCCGCCGCACCACCCCGGCGCCCAUCCGCACGCCCAUCAUCUGGGCAGCGCCUAUACGACCGCUGAGGACGUUGUCCUUGCCUCGGCCGUUGCCCAUCAACUGCAUCCGGCAAUGCGACCACUGCGGGCUCUACAGCCAGAGGACGAUGGCGUCGUUGAUGAUCCUAAGGUCACGCUGGAGGGCAAGGAUCUGUGGGAGAAGUUUCAUAAACUUGGCACGGAAAUGGUCAUCACCAAGAGCGGCAGACAAAUGUUUCCGCAAAUGAAAUUUCGUGUUUCGGGACUGGAUGCCAAGGCUAAAUACAUUUUGCUACUGGACAUUGUGGCGGCGGACGAUUAUCGUUAUAAAUUUCAUAAUAGUCGCUGGAUGGUGGCUGGGAAAGCGGAUCCCGAGAUGCCAAAACGCAUGUAUAUCCAUCCAGAUUCACCCACAACGGGUGAGCAAUGGAUGCAGAAAGUUGUUUCAUUUCACAAAUUAAAAUUGACCAACAAUAUUAGUGAUAAACAUGGAUUUGUAAGUACUACGAUCCUUAACUCGAUGCACAAGUACCAGCCACGUUUCCACCUGGUGCGAGCCAAUGACAUACUGAAGCUGCCGUACUCCACGUUUCGCACGUACGUCUUCAAGGAGACCGAGUUCAUAGCCGUCACAGCAUAUCAAAAUGAGAAGAUAACUCAAUUGAAAAUCGAUAACAAUCCCUUUGCUAAGGGCUUUCGUGAUACUGGUGCUGGCAAGCGGGAAAAGAAUUGUUACAGGCAAGCGCUGAUGUCGAACCGAGGGUCCGAUUCGGACAAAUUGAAUCCAACGCAUGUUAGCAGUUCGCGGGCACCGCUUCAUUUGGGUCAUGCCGGUCGUCCGCCACAUCUGCAUCCCCAUGCCGCCCUGCUUGACAAUCAGCAGGAUGAUGAUGACAAGCUACUGGACGUCGUGGGUCCACCACAGAGUCCUCUACUCCCGCUCAGCCAUUCGCUGCAGCAAAUGCACGCCCACCAGCACUCCGCCUUGGCUGCCUGGUUUAAUCACCUGGCUGGAGCCGGAGCUGGAGCCUCAGAACAUGCUGCUGCUGCGGCGGCAAAUGCCAGUGCGGAGGAUGCAUUGCGUCGCCGUUUGCAGGCAGAUGCCGAUGUGGAACGAGAUGGCAGCGAUUCGAGUUGCUCGGAAAGUGUCGGCGGCAGUACCGGCGGUGCCUUUAGGCCCACCUCGACGGGCAGUCCCAAGGAGGCGGUGGGUGCGGCUGCAGCUGCCGCAGCGGCUGGUUUAAAUCCCGGUGGCGGUAGCUAUCCAUCACCGAAUAUAUCGGUGGGUCCACCCAUUCAUCCAUCGCCGCAUUUGUUGCCUUACCUAUAUCCCCAUGGUCUCUAUCCACCGCCGCAUCUUGGCCUCUUGCAUAAUCCAGCUGCGGCGGCAGCAAUGAGUCCGGCUGGCCUAAAUCCGGGCUUGCUGUUCAAUGCCCAAUUAGCGUUGGCCGCCCAGCAUCCGGCUUUGUUUGGUCAUGCGUAUGCGGCGGCGGGACAUACACCGGUAUCACCGUUACAAGGCCUAAAGAGUCAUCGCUUUUCGCCGUACAGUUUGCCCGGCAGUUUGGGUUCAGCCUUUGAUGCCGUUACACCCGGUUCGAAUGCCAAUCGAUCUGGUGAUCCUCCAGGUGGCUUAGGUGGUGGCGGUGGCGUUGUGGAGAAUGGCCCAAGAAGUCUAAGUUCCAGUCCACGACCACGUCCUGCCUCACAUUCGCCACCAACACGACCGAUAUCAAUGUCACCCACAACGCCGCCAUCUCUGAUGAAACAACCACGUGGUGGUGGUGGUUCUAGUGGUGUGCCUCAAUCUCAGCAUUCACCUUCGGAACUGAAGAGCAUGGAGAAGAUGGUCAAUGGCCUGGAGGUUCAACAUAAUGGCAGUGCAGCGGCAGCAGCGGCGGCUCUUCAAUUAGCCGAAGAGGCUGCCCAGCAUCAUCAUCAUACCCAGGCACACCACCAACAGCAGCAGCAGCAGCAUCAACAGCAUCACCACCAGCAACAACAACAACAACAACAGGCACAUCCGCACCAUCAGACCCACCAUCAGACGCACCUACACUCGCACCAUGGAGCGACAACGGGUGGUGGGGAUCAGUGACAAUUACUGGACGGUCGCUCCGAUUGUGAGGAUGGCGGCCUGGAAUUAGAAUUGGAAUUAGAAGAGGAUGUCGAUGAUCAGGAUCAGGAUGUUGAUGACCAGGACGAGGAUCGCAGUUCAGUGAUUGAUCUCGAUUUGGAUGUCGAUGUCUGACCGCGAACGGAUCAGCGAGACAGUCUCUAGCCUCUGAACUACACAGCCACCGUUUAUGUGGUUUAGCCCGGAGUUGUAUAUAAAAAUCUCUUUAUAUGAAUGAAAGAUGAACGAUUUUUUUUUGGAACCUAGCAUUUAGGCAUUUGUAGCAUACUAUAUAUAUGGUAUAUAUAUAUUCCUCUCUUGGAUAAGUCACUCUGCCUGUUUAUUGACGGAUAAAUAUUUUUUUUUUUUUUCAUUGUCUCGUUUCUAAGCAAAGCCUAGGCCCAUAGAAAUCACUGGCAAUAGACAGGCAAAGUGCAGGAGAGGUUUAUUAAAAAGAAAAAAGCAAAAACUAAAACAAAAACAUUAAGAAAAAAAAAACAACAUUAAGACAGGAAAAUGUUAAGGGGACACGUGGCAAAGCAAAAAAGAAGGAUAAAAGCUCCCCUUGAAAGGGUCAAAAGAAAGAAAAACUUCAAGCCAAGAGAGACAGGCAGAGGAAGUAAAAAUGAAAAUGAAAAAAAGUAUAAAAAAUAAACUUAAAAAAUAUAUAUAAAUAAAAUAAAAAGAAAAUUAAAUAAAAUAAAAGCAAAAAUGAAGGACAAAGAGAGCUCCGCCUCAGACAAAUUUAUAAAAGGCAUAUAAAAAAAACCCCCCACAUAUAUAUGUAUAUUGAUUGAUCGAUUGAGAAAAAGCAACAUCAAAGAUGGCGCCUCUUUAUAUACAUAAAUCUAGAACCCAUAUAUAUAUAUAUAUAUAUAAACAAAUAUAUAUAUAUAUAUAUAGUAUAUAUAGAAGCUGAUAUAUAU